AUGUGUCUGAUCUCCGUCUUGUUCCUGCAGCAAACGUUGGUGCGUCUGCGAGGUGGGGCCAUCGUAGGGGAAGGUCGUGUGGAGGUGCUGAAGAACGGCGAGUGGGGAACCAUCUGUGAUGAUAAUUGGAGCCUCCUGUCAGCCACGGUGGUGUGUCGAGAGCUGGGCUUCGGGAGUGCCAAGGAGGCCCUGUCUGGUGGUCGGCUUGGACAGGGUAGGGAUUGGAACUCAGUCCUACUUACAUUAACAGUGCCAUUCACAACAAUACAUCUGGCCAAAUACAUAAUGGGCAUUCCAACAUAUUGGUCAGCCUAGCAGUUGACUGGGCUGAAGAUGAAGUUGACUAUUAUAAUGUUUGAUCUAUGUAAAAGGCCUUAAAUAGAUUAAGGCCUUUUGCUCCUGUAAGAGCGUCUGUUAAAUGACUAAAAUGUAAAUGUAAAUGUAAUUAAAAACAAACCUUUGUUAUUACAGAAGUAAUCAAAAUCGGAUUAGUGGUCAAGCAAGUUUUUCUGGUCUCUUUUAGAGCAGUUGUACAAGAGUAUUGGGUUUGUUUCAUCAUUUUCAAUCAACUGUCAAUCAAUCAACAUGGGCCUAACGCACAAAGCCUGAGUAGCAAUAUGAGAUAACCACUUGAAUUCCUGGAAUACCAAGACACAUUUACAUGAACAACUUAAUUGUGUACUGUAGCUUUAGAGCUACAUGUGCUCACCAAAUGUUGCAAAGGGAAAAUGUCCAAAAGACCCUUAUUUGCCGGCCUUUUGAGCCCCACACUAACCCUGACCUGAACAACAGGAGGUGCCCUGGAGGAGCGGACCAGGCUGGGUUAUAGAAAUGGAAUGGAUCAGUUCAACUUUUUAUUUGUUCUCUGCAGUUCAGGGCCCAUAUUCAUAAAGCUUCACAGAGUAGGAGUGCUGAUCUAGGAUAAGUUUGGCCUUUUAGAUCAUAAUGACUAAGAUAACAUGAAAAAGUGGGACCUGUUCCUAGAUCAGCAUUCCUACUCUGAUUCUUUGUGAAUACAGGCUCAGGGUCACAGUGAGCUGAACAAUGCAAGGCCAUACUCGCCAUAUUCCAGUACUGUAAUUGAAAGGCUGUAGUGGAGAGAAAUACUAUAUUUAAAGAGUACAUACUCCCUUAUCUGUUUGGAAGACCUCGUCUUUCCCUCCAGGGACAUGGGCCCUGCCCAAACGAGGACCUACCAUUUAUUGACCAGUUUCCUCUCACUCAGUGUUACCUGCGGAGAUAUUGGUUACCAUGGAUUUUUUUUUACUGCAGAGGCAGACCAAUAACAGAGGCAUGGACCCUCUCAAUAUACAGUAUGUAUCACUGACUCACAGUCAAAAUGAUGUGUUCAGCAGAUCUUACAGUAACUGUGUCUUUAAAUAACUCAACAAUUUUAAGUGAGACUGAAGUAGAUGGUAUGUUUCCUUGUAACUGGGUGUUUCUCAUAAUACAUUUUAGUCGACACUCUUAUCCAGUAGUGAGUUCAUACAUUUUCAUACUGGUCCCCCGUGAGAAUCGAACCCACAACCCUGUCGUUGCAAGUGCCAUGCUCUACCAGCUGAGCUACACAGGACCCUAUAACCAGGGUUGAAAGGAAUUGCACACUGCUGUUUUCCGAAUAGGUACCGCUAUUAUUAAUUUUAUCUCUGAGCUAGUCCACCUAGGCAUGAGACUGAAAAAAGGAGUAGUAAAUUCCAGAAUAAUGCCACAUUAUAGAACAUGGAAACAGCAGACAGGGGCUAUGUUUCAAAUGGCACCCUAUCCCUUACAUAGUGUACUACCCAAUGGGCCCUGGUCAAAAGUAGUACACUAUAUAUCGUUGCUGUCUGAUGAAAACCUCUUAGCACCAAAACAGGAACCUUUCAGGAAAUUGAAGAAAUUACCAUAUUUUCCCAUUAACAAACAUACGUUUUGAGUUAUUUCAAAUGCAUUUUAUAUUUAUUGGUCCUAGAGUCAUGAAAUGUUCAGCAUUCAUUGAGGGGAGUUACUGCUUUCAAUAAAUGUAACAAAUAAAAUAGGCAAACAUUUUAUUACAAGGUUUUCAUCAGACAGUGACGAUAUGGAAUAGGGUGCCAUUUGAGAAGCAUCCAGAGAGAAUUCUGGACUGGUUGUUCCUUUUGUAAAAACAUUUUCCCCACAUGAUUUACUACUGUCAAGGAGAAAGGAACACUAUCUUUGUAACUAAGGCCUCCAGGAAAAUAAGUUACAGAAGGACACAUCUUAAUAGCAGACCAGAUAGAACAGACAUGAAAACAUCCUCUUUGACCUUGCAUUCAAUACUGACACUCAUCUAAUAAAGUGAUGACAAGAUCCUGCAAUGCAUUAAAAUUCAUGGUCUCCCAUGAGGUUGUUGAUGGAAACACCAAGUCUUGGACUUUGACUUAGAUUCACCUCAGUUCCAUUUACCUGUAAACGUGGAACCACCCAGUUUUUAGCCUCACUCCACUGUUCUUUUAGCUUCCCUGAACGUCUGGGAAAGAGUCAACUCCAAGAGCCUCUGCCCAUCUCUUACCAGUAUUAUUCUCUUUGUGUAUUUCCCAGGUAUGGGCCCGGUCCAUAUGAAUGAGAUUGAGUGCUCUGGCUUUGAGAAGUCCAUCACAGAGUGCUUCUUCAACAAAGAGUCGCUGGGCUGCAGCCAUGAGGAGGAUGCAGCCGUGAGGUGCAACAUCCCAGCAAUGGGUUUCCAGGAGAGGGUGUGUGUGUGUGUGUGUGUGUGUAUGUGUGUUAGUCAGGUAAAGAGCACAGGUUAUCUUUAACGGAGACAUCAUGUGCUAUUCUCAUCACUAUAGUCAAUAAGAUUGAACAUUUAACUACAGUACAUUUCCUUCUUUCAUAAAAUAAAAACAUUGUAUAAUGUAGUAAUGGACAAAGUAGUAUUCCUAUUGCUGCUAACUGUGUGUAGCUAAAUACCUCUCAUGUGUCUCUCUGUGCAGCUGCGUCUGAGUGGAGGACGUAACCCAUACGAGGGGCGUGUGGAGGUGCUGGUGGAGAGGAACGGCUCCCUGGCAUGGGGUACGGUGUGCAGUGAUGGCUGGGGCACCAUGGAGGCUAUGGUCGUGUGCAGACAGCUGGGCCUCGGCUUCGCCAGCAAUGCCUACCAGGUGAGAUUUUUUUUUAGAAAUGUGUAUUUAUUGUACCUUUAUUUAUACAGUUAGUCAAUUAAAAACAAAUUCCUAUUUUGCCGACCUGUCCAAACAUGCAGCAGUGCUCUCCACAGCAUUACAGUACAGUUACCCUACUGAAAAAAAGGUAAUCAGCCUUCAAUGUUUUUUUGCUGGUGACCAGCCUUUGCUAUGUUUUGGACACUGGUGACCAGCAUAAGCUAGCCACCAGCCUACCAGCAUAAGCUGGUCACCAGCGUAUCAGCAUAUGCUGGUCACCAGCAAAACCAGCAUGAACUCACAUUAUGCAGGCUUAUAAAGUGAUGACUAAUUCCUAUUGGAAUCCAGCAAGAGUGGGGAUAUCCAACUAUUUGAACUUUUAUUCAUCCACAAAUCUGCAUUCAGAAUGACUGCCAGGGUAAGAAAGAUGAAUAAAUGAGACUACCUAAACCAUCUAAACUAGAACAACCAUUUGAGUAACGGGUUCAAUAAGUCCAACUAACAGAUUUGAUUAGUUUAGAAAAAUGUAUGUUAUUUACAGUAUCUUUGUGUAGCAUAAGAUCAAUUAAUUGAUUAAUUAAUCAAUCAAUAUACAUGCAAAAACACAGAUAUUGAAACAAACAAUUUUAAAAAUCUAACCGCAAUAGAGCAUGCUGGGAAAUAUGAUAACGAUGGCCGUGGUUUUGCAGAAAAGCUAGACCAUGCUGGACCAGCAUGCAUGGUCACCAGCAUCACAAGCAUAAGCUGGUUACCAGCACACCAGCAUCACCAGCAUACCAGCAUGAGCUGGUCAUCAUCAUUACCAGCUUGACCAGCUAGUCGGCCAGCCUAACCAGCUAGACCAUGCUGGUCAAACCAGGUCAAACCAGCAUGGACCAGCAUAGACCAGCUUGAAAUUUAGGCUGGUCUAAAAAAAAUUAGGGGGUAGAUCAGCUUUAAUAUUGCAGAUAAAUUGUGGCUUCCAUCAAUGUAAUUGUCUGCAUCAUUUCCAAUCCCCCAUAUAUUUUUUGUAUUAUUUUCCCCUAACCCUACCAUCCCUCCCCUAACUUGAGUAAACUAAUGAACAACAACACUUAAGCUUCUACUUCCAGCUUAUACAGUGCAUUCUGAAAGUAUUCAGACCCCUUGACCUUUUCCACAUUUUGUUACGUUACAGCCUUAUUCUAAAAUGGAUUGAAUAAAACAUUUACCUCAUCAAUCUACACACAAUACCCCAUAAUGACAAAGCGAAAAACAGGUUUUUAGACAUUUUAGCAAUUUAUAAAAAAUCUAAAACAGAAAUACCUUAUUUACAUAAGUAUUCAGACCCUUUGCUAUGAGACUCGAAAUUGAGCUCAGUUGCAUCCUGUUUCCAUUGAUCAUCCUUGAGACGUUUCUACAACUUGAUUGGAGUCCAACUGUGAUAAAUUCAAUUGAUUGGACAUGAUUUGGAAAGGCACACACCUGUCUAUAUAAGGUCCCACAGUUGACAGUGCAUGUCAGAGCAAAAAACAAGCCAUGAGGUUGAAGGAAUUGUCCGUAGAGCUCCGAGACAGGAUUGUGUCGAGGCACAGAUUUGGGGAAGGAUACCAAAAAAUUUCUGCAGCAUUGAAGGUCCCCAAGAACACAGUGGCCUCCAUCAUUCUUAAAUGGAAGAAGUUUGGAACCACCAAGACUCUUCCUAGAGCUGGCCGCCUGGCCAUACUGAGCAAUCGGGGGAGAAGGGCCUUGGUCAGGGAGGUGACCAAGAACCUGAUGGUCACUCUGACAGAGCUCCAGAGUUCCUCUGUGCAGAUGGGAGAACCUUCCAGAAGGACAACCAUCUCUGCAGCACUGCACCAAUCAGGCCUUUAUGGUAGAGUGGCCAGACGGAAGCCACUCCUGAGUAAAAGGCACAUGACAGCCCACUUGGAGUUUGCCAAAACGCACCUAAAGACUCUCAGACCAUGAGAAACAAUAUUAUCUGGUCUGAUGAAACCAAGAUUGAUCCCUUUGGCCUGAAUGUCAAGCGUCAUGUCUGGAAGGAAACCUGGCACCAUUCCUACGGUGAAGCAUGGUGGUGGCAGCAUCAUGCUGUGGGGAUGUUUUUCAGUGGGACGGUCUGGGAGACUAAUCAGGAUCGAGGGAAAGAUGAACGGAGCCAAAGUACAGAGAGAUCCUUGAUGAAAACCUGCUCCAGAGCACUCAGAACCUCAGACUGAGGCGAAGGUUCACCUGGCAAAACAGGAUAAGCACACAGCCAAGACAACGCAAGAGUCUCUGAAUGUCCUUGAGUGGCCCAGCCAGAGCCCGGACUUGAACCCGAUCGAACAUCUCUGGAGAGACCUGAAAAUAGCUGUGCAGUGACGCUCCCCAUCCAACCUGACAGAGAUUGGGAGGAUCUGCAGAGAAAAAUGGGAGAAACUCCCCAAAUACAGGUGUGCCAAGCUUGUAGCGUCAUACCCAAGAAGACUUGAGGCUGUAAUCGCUGCCAAAGGUGCUUCAACAAAGUACUGAGUAAAUGGUCUGAAUACUUAUGUAAAUGUGAUAUUUCAGUUUUAUUUUUUGCUUUGUCAUUAUGGGGUAUUGUGUGUAGAUUGAUGAGGGGAAAAAACAAUUUAAUCAAUUUUAGAAUAAGGCUGUAACGUAACAACAUUUGGAAAAAGUCAAGGGGUCUGAAUACUUUCCGAAUGCACUGUACGUACUAUAUACUAUACCAACCCUCUUGUGGUUGGUAGAAAAACUGCUUUGCUCAUAUGUGUUGCUAUGCCCCUUGAAUCCAUAGUGAAUGUGAAUACUACCGGUACAUUUUUCAAACUCCUUUAUACUUACUGGUAUCUACAUACAUUAAUUAUCCAACUAGUUAGUUGAACAUAUAAAUAUAAUAAUAAAAUAUAAUCAUAUAUUGGCAUAGCAAACACAACCUACGUCUGAUACCACAAAUUCUCUGUCUGAUAUAAACCAUUCCCUGACCGCUGUCAUGUUGUGUUCCUGUCCUGUAGGAGACGUGGUACUGGCCAGGGGAGGUGAGUGCUGACCCUGUGGUGAUGAGUGGAGUGCGAUGUUCUGGCACUGAGAUGUCCCUUUCCCAGUGCCUGCACCACGGAGCUCAUCUCACCUGUCCUAAAGGAGGGGGACGCAAUGCUGCCGGAGUCUCCUGCUCAGAGAGUAAGAGGACUCAUAUGUCUUUUCCUUACAGACAGUAGUCUGCCUGGACUAGACUACCUCCCGAGUGGCGCAGUGGUCUAAGGCAUCGCAGUGCUAGCUGUGCCACUAGAGAUCCUGGUUCAAAUCCAGGCUCUGUUGUAGCCGGCUGCGACCGGGGCGGCACACAAUUGGCCCAGCGUCGUCCAGGGUAGAGGAGGGAAUGGCCGGCAGGGAUGUAGCUCAGUUGGUAGAGCAUGGUGUUUGCAACGCCAGGGUUGUGGGUUCGAUUCCCACGGGGGGGCAGUAUGAAAAAAAUUAUAAUGUAUGCACUCGCUAACUGUAUGUCGCUCUGUAUAAGAGCGUCUGCUAAAUGACUUAAAUGUAAUGUCUUGCAUUGAAAGAUGAUUGCUUGCAUGCCAAAACAUACAUUUGUCUGGCCUGGCCUAUUAUGAUUUAAUGGCUAUUAUAAGCAUCCUUCAAUCUCAUCUAUCAAUAUUUUGAGUGCGGACCUGUAACAUUGUAAUUUCAGUAGUCAGCAGCACUACAUGUUACAGUAAAUUGUGAGGAUAAAGUAUGGUCUGAUUUCAAACCAGUAACCGCCAUAUCUCUCUGCUCCCUGUCCCCUCCUUGCUCUCCUCUCAGCUGCCCCUGACCUGGUGCUGAACCCCCAGGUAGUGGAGCAGACCACCUAUAUGGAGGACAGACCCAUGUUCCUGCUGCAGUGUGCCUACGAGGAGAACUGCCUUUCCACCACUUCCAGUGAGAGCCCUGCCAUCUCCAACCGCCGCCUGCUGCGCUUCUCCUCCCAGAUCCACAACAACGGACAGUCUGACUUCCGUCCCAAGGCUGAACGCCACUCCUGGGUGUGGCAUGACUGCCACAGGCAAGUAUCUCCAUGGAUUUUUCUGUCUGUCUGUCUGUCUGUCUGUGAAACUGUAAGAUAAUUUACUUUUUUAUUUAAUUUGGUGAUUUAUUGACCUCACAGUUGUGUGGGUCAUCAGGAUUGGCUAUUUUAGCGCUGUUUGGAGAUAACUGUCAAAACACGUUUUGUUGCUUUUCAUAAGAGGCAGAAGUUAAGAGAAAGUUCUAUUGAAAGUUUCCCAUUUCCAAAAGUUCUCUGCCCUGUAAUUGACCAUGGACUGAAACGUCUCAGAUGUUCUUGGUCAAGGCAUUGGAUGAACUGUGCAAUAUUGCCAGCUUCACACAGUCAUCAGCUCUACACACAUCAAACCCUCGGUGCAUGCAGUGGAGCUCCAAUCAACCUUCUGCCAAGAGCCCUGUUGGAUUACACAUAGAAUUGCUAAACAUAUACCAUUUUCAAAGGAAAUGUUUAUUUUGGGUUUCUUUGGCCUUGGUGCCAUGUGUUUCAACAGUGUCUCAAGCUCUUGUAUAAAAACCUAUCUGCUUCAGAGAGAAUAUACUAGGCACCAAGUAGUUGACAGGUCUACUUUUGCACUGUGAUUGCAAGCUAGAGGUUAGUUGAAUAAACGUGUCUCUCUCUGUGUCCAGCCAUUAUCACAGCAUGGAGGUGUUCACCCACUAUGACCUGCUCAGCCUCAACGGCACUAAGGUGGCAGAGGGACACAAGGCCAGCUUCUGUCUGGAGGACACUGAAUGUGAAGAGGGUAAGAGCCUGGAGAAACAGUGUGCAUCCCAAAUGGCACCCUGUUCCCUAGUGCACUACUUUUGACCAAGGCCCUGCAACUUACCUAUUCAUACCAUCCUCCGACAAACUUCUACCCUUUUUUACACUAUUAUGCCAACCUGAACCAAACUGUGCUGUGUCGUUCUUUUCAGCCUGGUUCCAGUAACUGUGGCGGAUGUGUAACUAGGCCAGUUCAGUAGGUUUGGCUCUGCUUUGUUCAGCUCAGUAGUGUGGAAAGCCCUCGUCUAUGCAGUGUUCCUCACUCCAAGCGGAAUAUAAUACAGCCUAUACCCAUCCAGCUCUGAGCAAUAGCCCAACUUUCACUCACAAAAGCGUCCAUCAUGCAAAAUGAUGUGCUUACCUGUUUGUCUUUAAUUGAUUGUAACUUCGACAGGUAUUGAGAAAAGAUAUGAGUGUGCCAACUUUGGGGAGCAAGGCAUCACUGUGGGCUGCUGGGAUACGUACAGACAUGAUAUUGACUGCCAGUGGAUCGACAUCACAGACAUCAAGCCCGGAGAUUACAUAUUCCAGGUAAGUGACUUUUCUGGUUACAUGCUGUAAACUCCCAAAUGGCAACCUAUUCCCUAUAUAGUGCACUACUUUUGAUAGGGCUCUGGUCAAAAGUAGUGCACUAUUGGGAAUAGGAUGCAAUUUGGUACCCUACCAAGGUCAUGCCACUCCACUAUUAUCCUAUGUUAUCGAUUGAGGUUUUCAUGUUGUAUGCCAACUAUGUAUUUUGUUAGUUGUAGAGUUUGAUUGGCUUCCUCGUCAUCUCCAUGUUGGACUAGUUGUCUCUGCCGGACACAGUCUUGUUAGAUUGUCAAUAGUUAAGAUUGUUUGUAUGGAAUGAUCAUUCACAACAACUUGGCUCUGUCCCACAGGUUGUUAUUAACCCUAACUAUGAGGUGCCCGAGUCCGACCACUCCAAUAACUUCAUGAAGUGCAGAUGUAGAUACGACGGCCACCGUAUAUGGAUGUACAACUGUCAUAAU